GAGAGAGAAACUACAACUCCCAGAAUGCACUAGGAAAAGGAAGGAAACGGGGCGGGGUAAGAACGACCCCUGGCGGCUGCGCAGAAGUGGAGAGAACUAGUAUCAUUAGUCACGUGAUGCUGGCAUGGCGGUGUUUGCGGAUUUGAAUCUGAGGAAGGUCUCUGACACGAAAGCCCUUAAGGGUCUUCUGGAGAACGCUGCUCACCUUGGGUUUUCGACUGUUGCCAUUAAUCAUGUUGUGGACUUUAAGGAAAAGAAGCAGGAAAUUGACAAACCAAUAGUUCCUUCUGAACUUUUUUCAUCUUUGCCUAUUGUACAGGGGAAAUCGAAACCUAUUAAAAUUUUAAGUAGACUGACACUUAUAGUAUCAGAUCCAUCUCACUGCAAUGUUCUGAGAGCAACAUCUUCUCGUGUCAAGCUAUAUGACAUUGUUGCAGUUUUUCCUAAGACAGAAAAACUUUUCCAUCCAUCUAUUUUUUGUUUGUUUCUUUGGUUUUGCCCUAUUGGGUCUGUGACCCCCGAUGGAAAAAUCUUUUGGAUUCUUAUGGUUGCUUGCACUAGUUUAGAUGUGGAUUUGGUAUGCAUAACAGUAACAGAGAAAUUGCCAUUUUACUUCAGAAGACCUCCUAUUAAUGUGGCAAUUGAACGAGGCAUCGGCUUUGAGAUUACUUAUUCUCCUGCCAUCAAAGACUCUACGAUGAGGAGAUAUACCAUUUCCAAUGCACUCAGUCUGAUGCAGAUCUGCAAAGGGAAAAAUGUAAUUAUAUCUAGUGGUGCAGAAAGGCCUUUGGAAAUAAGAGGACCAUAUGAUGUAGCAAACUUAGGCUUGUUGUUUGGACUCUCUGAAAGUGAUGCCAAGGCAGCAGUAUCCACAAAUUGCAGGGCAACGCUUCUUCAUGGAGAAACCAGAAAGACUGCUUUUGGUAUUAUUUAUACAACAAAGAAGCCAAGAACAUCUGAGGAUGAUGAUAGUGUUCCAGCCUGCAAAAAAGCCAAGUGUGAGGACUGACUGAAAGAGGUGCCUUGUCUUUCACCAACCCAUCCCUCUCCUUUCAUUGACUGCCACCAAUGGUCAUGAAAAUGCUUUACCACUCUCCCUGCUUGAAUUUUGUGUUGGAAUUAAUCAUUUUAUAAACCUUUUUUAUGUCCCACUCAAUAAAAAUGAAAACGGACCAAUGAACCACCAGUUCUCCUUAGCAUCAAUUCACUUAGAUAAACUUGAUUUAAAUGAAAAGUAGAGGAAUGAUAUUUUUGUCUCUGCUUGCAAGUAAGACAUGAUGGAGAACAUAGCAGAAUAUUUUAAUUCAGUGAAGAAUCACCUUAUCUCUAUCUCUUGUUCUUUAAAUACUUUUAUACUUUUUAUACAACAAUAUCAGUAAUUUAAUUUAUUUUUUCUGUAUUACUACUCAAAAUAAAUGGUAUGUUUGGGGGUAUAUUUAAAAUUUGUCCUCUGGGUAAAAUUUGUAAUACUGAUUUUGAGAUGAAGUUGUCCUUUGGUGGGGAGGGGUCUUUUUUGUUUCUAAAAUUUUUUACAUAAGAAAAAUGUAUUGAUGUAUUUACUUUAAUACAAUGGAUACUUCCCAACAAAUAAUAAAACAAAAUCCCUUUACAAAGUGUAUUACCCCACCCCUUGCCCAAGAAGCCAGAUUUGUUGUUUACAAAAAAGAGAGAUAUAUCUUUUAACUUUAUAGGACUCAUAUUGACUAUUGUGUUUUACCAGUUUGUUGUUUCUCCUUGUUGACUUAAUUUAUAUUGUAGGAGGAAUCCUGUACAUUGUUUAACCUCUGCCUUCCUCACUCUUCUUCUUAAGUAUUCCUGUGUUUCUCUGAAUUCCUCAUAAUUGUCAUUCUUUAAGCGCAAUAUAUUAAUAUAUUUUUAUACCUUAA